UUACAUGUACCAGAUUAUCGGACACGCCUAACAAGUCUGGCGCCAUUCGUAAAGCAACAAAACUGCUUGUCUUGAAAGAAAGUCCAGUGACAGAGACAACCUUGGCCAGUGUUGUGUUCGCUUCCUGACAGGGCGGGGAUUGUGACCUGGAAUUUGUCCAGCUUCCUCUUUGCCUUGGAAAGUGCAUUCCUGGCUGAGUGUGGUGCGUGUGCCUGCUUCUUGUGUGGUGGUGCUGCUGCUGCGUGAAGCCUCUGCCGUGGGAACCCACCACAAAUAGCUAAUGGAUUCUGUAUGACGGGAUCAGCAGCAGACAGAAUUCCAGUGAUGUAUUAACAUGCCUAGGGCCUUUGUUGGAGGCAUCCCCUGUGAUAUAGUGGACGACAACCUGGAGCUCUGUGACACACUGACAAGGGAGAAGGUUACUUGUCGCUCCAAGGCUAAGCUGGUCGGCCCCAUGAAUGUCACUGUCUGCGUUACCGGAAGAGGCGCGUCUGAAGUGACCAAGAUAGGAAGGUACGUGGACUCCCAGGACAGGCUGUACCAGUUCCUCACAUAUGCUGUGAUGUGCUGAGUUGGGCAGGAAUAUGAGAUGUAAGCAUUGGUGACCACUCAUGCUUGCCCACCCCGCUGAUUGACAACCUUGGUGAACUUUGGAUUUUUUUUAAAGCCAUCACUAGCAGACCUCUUGGGUGGUUUCCAAGACCCCAGCUUGGCCUUCAAGACACUUAACCAUACCAGGGUCUUCCUCCAGCAGCUCACCAGAAUAUAACUGGAUAACUUGCCUGCUGCCAGUACCUCCAGGCCUCUAGAGGUUGUGGCACCACAGCCUGCACAGCCCCUCAAAUCCCCAACAAGAACAAGAACACAACAGGAUAGUGGGAGUGAUGGCUUCAAGACACACUGCCACUGUACAGGGCAGCUGUUACUCUUGUACAUCAUGUGCUGCUUACAAGACUGUGCCUAAAAAUCUGAGAGGAAAAAGUAAAAGCUCACAGGACUGGUUGACGAGACAGCUAAAUGACCCUUAUGUGAAGUUGACCAAGCAACAUCAGCGCAGGCAUUGUCCAUGAUGCUUCCUGUGUUGUGGUUCCAUCAUGGCAGGCAUGGAAGUGCCUCUCACUGCAUCACCGCCUCAUGAUCAUUGAGAGCAUGGACACAGACGCUGAGGCCCUAGUGGGUACGUGGACCUCCUCAAUGGACAGAUGGACAGAGGCUGGUGUGCUGGCUACAUGUAUCAGGAGCAAAUCUCAACCUUCUUCUCCGUUGUGGCAACAGGGAUGACAUAUGAGAUGGCCAUGACCAGCACACCCCUUCAGGUGCUGCGUCUGCACCUGCCACACAGUCCAUCCUCUGAGGCCGUUGUCCUGCUCAUCUUCCCAAAGCCUCAGCGUUAUGACACCUAUGUGGAUGGUGUCUUUGUUCCCCCAGCCAACCUCAACACCUCUGCAGCCGGCUACAAGCUGUUGCCUGAGAACCCCACCCAUCCUCAGGCUUUCCUUCCCAUGUUGGACAAUGCAAUGAGGACCAGCUUCUUCCAGCGCAGUGCUAAGCUGGUCCAUGUGGUGCUGUGCGAAGGCCACAUCCUUGACAUCAAGACCACACCCAUGAUCACCCUCACCAGUGGCCUCAUGGUGAAGGAAGAUGAAUUUUAUGAGCAGAACUUGGUGUUGAAUCUGGCCAGCCUGUUUGAGGUAUCCCCAAACAACAUCAGGGUCAUCAGUGUUAUGCAGGAGCUCUCCAAGAGACAGCAGGGAAGGCUGGAGGCUGAAGUGGCCAGCACUCACACUACAAGCCUGAAUGGUGAGGAGGAGGAGGGAGCAAUUGGUGGGGAGGUGAUUCCCUACAAGAAGCUGGUGCAGAGUCUGGAGAAGGCCGUCAAUAGAUUCCAGGAUGGAUCAUGCAGCAACUGUGCCUCUCUCUCUUGGUGAGUGACCCCAUCGAGCCACCACCCAAGGAAGCCCCUCCAAAGGCCACAGAGGAGGAAGGCAGUGUUGUCAUUCUGGAUGCCAAGCUGUUCUACAAGCAGCAGGAGAAGGAGGUGGCAGAGAAGAUCAAGGAAAGCCUGGCAGUGACUGAGUAUGCCAAGCCAUCCAGUGCAUUGGUGCUGAGUGGUGUGUCCAGCAGUGUGGUGCAGUACACAGUGUUUGAAAUGCAGCUGUCCUUUACUGUGCUGGAUACAGAGCUUGACACAGACGAGUGCAGCAAUGGUCCUGCAGCAGCCCAGCAUAGUGCAGGCCAGACAGCCCACCGCCAUCACUGUUCACUUUGUUGACAAGGGCUCUGGCUUGGUGCUUAAUGGCCUGGCUUUCAAGGCCAGACAUUUGUGGGCAAACUGCUGGCAAAGACUGCUGAGGGACACUUUGAGGUUAUCCAGAGGUAUGCCAAGUAAGAAACAGAAGAGAAUGUUACAAGGAG